AUGUCUUACCCAGCUUACGUGAACGGAGAACCUCCCGUUGUCACCUUGAAAGAAUAUGACGUUGCUCCUUGGGCGGGUACUACUUGUGUUGACAGAAGAGGAAACACUUUUGUCAUUGUAGUGAUGGAGAAACCUGAGCAGGUGGUAGCCACGGUGGACGCUGGUGACAACGACACCUUGAACACAAUCUUCAAGAGUGCUCACAAGGACUUUUCUGAUCAGUUGGUUGAGAAUAAGGGGAAUGUUCCAAGAAAGUCUAACUAA